AUUUUUGUGUCAGAACCCUGCUACUAGAGCCUGGAUGUGGCUCUGAGUUUCAGGGUCACUGACAUUGAUAAGACACCUGCGUCCCAGGACUCGGAGGAGAAACGGCUGAUGGACUUGGCGGGGAAUUUGCGCGGGGUUUUACUGAGCGGGAAGAGACUGUUCAAAUGAGGGGGAGGGUAUAUAAAGGAGGGUUGGCCGGAGCCUCCCAUUCUUGGCUUUUCUGAUGUUCAUGUUUCCUACAGUAAAAGUUCCUGGUGAUACCACAAAGAGUCUCGUGUGUUCAUUCAGGAGCGGCUGUGGUGAGCUGACACUAAGCCAAGAAUACGGACACCAUCCCGCUGUAGCGGUGAGGUGUAACAUGCAAGUGGAGGAUGAAGAGCUCUUGGGCGCCGGAGGAGGAAGGUCGGAAAGGGCCACUCCCGAGACGGACGCUGAGUUCCACCAGCUGGCGGCCCUGGCGUCAUCCACCGCUUAUGCCCAGCCAAAUGGGGUAACCCAGAGGCGCGGAGUGGUGCGGGGAGAUAGCACCGGAGGAGAGGAAGGUUCACCUUCCCCAGGCCCGCAAAAGAUGGUGUUUCUGGAGGAGAGGAUGUCGGCGAUGGAGACCACCCUGGCAGUGAUGUCGAGGGCGAUGGAGCGCCUGGCGGUUUUGGCGGAGCCGGAGCGAGGAAGGGAACUCCGGGCUAGCUCAAUGUGGGACGUGAGCAUGGGAAGCAGCCAGGGCUUUGCAGACCUCCCAGCACCGAAGGGAAGGGAAAUGCGAAAGGAGCCCGGUGCCCGGCCCAAGAUCCAAACGAGCCUGACGCGGGUGGAGGAGAGUGACGACGAAGGGGAAAAGCCUCCGAGAAUCCCGGCUACGCUCCCAACUGAGACCCUGGUGCCCCUGGCGAAUGCCGGGCGUGGCACAGGACAAAGGGAAGCAGCAGCGGGGCCCACUGGCCCGCAAGGGGGCUUGCGACGGGCGGAGGAUUGGGGAUUGCCACCACAGGGACCCCUACCGAGACGAGAGGAACUAAGGAUCGAGUUUGGGGGAGAGUCCUCUGAACUGGAUUUUUUCCUGACCACGGUGAGGGGCUAUAUGGAGGACAAUGCCCACACUUUCAGAACGGAAUCCAGCCGGGUACGGGCCAUUGGUGCAGUGUUGAAGAGGGGAGCGGCCAGCUGGUACGUUCAACUACACGCGCGGCGCGAUCCAUGUCUGGGGUCACUCCGACGCUUUAUGGGGGCCCUGGAGACCCGUUUCCGAGAUCCACUGGAGCAGAUCCGGGCGAGGGAGGAGUUGAAGACCGUCUCCCAGGGGCAGAGGUCGGUAUCUGAGUAUGCGGAGGAGUUCCAAUGCCUCGCUGAAAAGGUGCCGGAAUGGUCUGCAGUGACAAAGAUAGAACUCUUCAAAGAGGGGCUCAGGCGGGAGAUCCUCUCCUGGGCGGUGCAUCGUGAUGAGCCUGACACACUGCGCGGAUGGAUUCAGCUGGCGGGGCGCGUCGAGACAUCGCUGGCCCAGGCGAGGAGGCACCGAGGAGGGCUACAGCAGCGGCCGCAGAUGAAAGAGGGGAGCCGGAAGGAGGGAUCAACCCCAGCCGGGAGGAGAACGGAGCCGACAGGGAACGUGAGCACCAGCAGGAGGGGCUGCUUCGUGUGCGGCCGUUUGGGCCACAGGGCUGCCGAGUGCUGGCAGAGAAAAGGGGAAGGCGGAGGCCCGCCCAAACCAAGAGCCGUGGCAGGGAAACGCGCCGAGGAAGAACCACCGAUGAGGCACCACUCGGGGGGGUUGGACGAAGGGGAGGAGGACGCCAUGUCAGAACCCUGCUACUAGAGCCUGGAUGUGGCUCUGAGUUUCAGGGUCACUGACAUUGAUAAGACACCUGCGUCCCAGGACUCGGAGGAGAAACGGCUGAUGGACUUGGCGGGGAAUUUGCGCGGGGUUUUACUGAGCGGGAAGAGACUGUUCAAAUGAGGGGGAGGGUAUAUAAAGGAGGGUUGGCCGGAGCCUCCCAUUCUUGGCUUUUCUGAUGUUCAUGUUUCCUACAGUAAAAGUUCCUGGUGAUACCACAAA